GAAUUAUUUUCGGGACUUUGCAGACCUAUGCUUUAGGGAAUUUGGAGACAAAGUUAAGCAUUGGAUCACGAUGAAUAAGCCAUGGAGCUACAGUAAUAAUGGUUUUGUAGUAGGAACGUUUAUGGAUCCUGUGAUAAAUGGACGCUAUCCGCAUACUAUGCGACAUAUUGUUCGACAUCGGUUACCAGAGUUUACUAAAGCGCAAUCUGAGAUGCUAAAAGGUUCAUAUGAUUUUAUUGUAGUAAAUUACUAUGCAACAUAUUAUGUCACUGAAAAUGGUAACUUUGGAUAUGAUGACAUCGAUGAUCCCAAAUUACCACUUGAGGAAGCUCUUAUCGAUAAUCAAAGAGUUGACUAUUACCACCGUCAUCUUGAUUAUCUUAAUAUAGCAAUCAAGGAUGGCGUUAAUGUGAAGGGUUAUUUUGCAUGGUCAUUGUUCGACAACUUCAAAUGGGACUUAGGUUACACAGUCAAAUUUGGUAUCAAUUAUGUGGAUUACAAAGAUGGGUUGAAAAGAUAUCCUAAACUUUCGGCCUGCUAG